UGGGCUCACCUCCCCCCAGGGUUCAGGUCUUUGGCCCCCUCCCCUUCUCUCCCAAAACGUACCACCUGAGCCCGCGCCCCAGCCGGCCCGGCCCACUCCCACCCAGCAGCCAGGGCCGGCUGGCAGUCCCUCCUGGGCCCGCACCCUCCCCGCGACGCCCACGUCCCCGCGGGGCUCACGGAGUACCCGGGACCAGUGCCCCGCCCGCGUGCGGCACUCGGUCGGUGCUACCUGGGCGCCACGGCCCGCCCCGCGCGCACUGAGCAUGCCCAGAGCCUCAGGCACGCGCCCGCCAGCUCGUGUCCGGGGAGCACCCUGCCCCGGAAGCCAGGGCCGGACUGCCCCGCGCCGCCAUGGAGCGCAUCGAGGAGGUGGCCGUGGGCCGCUGCGCCAGCUCGCCCUACCUGCGGCCGCUCACGCUGUACUACCGCCAGAAUGGUGUCCGGAAGUCGUGGGACUUCAUGAAGACCCAUGACAGCGUGACCAUUCUCCUAUUCAACUCUUCUCAGAAGAGCCUGGUGUUGGUGAAGCAGUUCCGGCCAGCUGUGUAUGCAGGUGAGAUGGAGCGCUGUUUCCCAGGGUCUCUGGCUGCUGUGGACCAGGACCGGCCCCGGGAGCUGCAGCCAGCACUGCCUGGCUCCGCAGGGGUGAUGGUGGAGCUGUGUGCCGGCCUCCUGGACCAGCCCGGGCUCUCGCUGGAGGAAGUGGUGUGUAAGGAGGCAUGGGAGGAGUGUGGCUAUCGCCUGGCGCCCUCUGAUCUGCACCGGGUAACCACGUACAGGCUGCAGGCAGGGUGUCAGCCGGUCUGGAGACGCCUCAGGUACGGGUCUUCCCAGCCCACGGUUGUGGCGGAAUUCAGCUCCUCGUGGCCACAGGACAGGCCAUGUUUCUUUGAUGGCUGUUGACUGAGGACUACUCUCAACUCCUGCAGGUCCGGAGUAGGGCUGACUGGCUCUAGCCAGACCAUGUUCUACGCGGAGGUGACAGAUGCCCAGCGAGGCGGGCCAGGAGGGGGCCUGGCGGAGGAGGGUGAGCUCAUUGAGGUUGUGC